AUGGUAUCAGAGCAACUGUCAAUGGCGUCUGGCUCUUUUUCUUUUGCUUUCUCUGAUUCUUCUAGCCCUUAUUAUCUUCAUCACGGGGACAGUCCCGGUUCCGUUCUAGUCUCUCAAGUUCUUCAAGGAGAUAACUAUCACACUUGGAGUCACUCGAUGAUCAUGGCUUUAACAGCCAAGAAUAAGCUCAAAUUCAUCAAUGGAACGCUGAAGAAACCAUCUACUGAGCUUGAAGAUGAAUUUCAUCCAUGGAAUCGCAGUAAUAAUAUGGUGUUAUCCUGGAUCCUGAAUUCGGUGUCCAAGGAUAUUGCGACGAGUGUGAUCUACAUCAAUUUGGCCGAAGACAUGUGGAACGAUCUCAAGGAUCGUUUUUCACAGAAGAAUGGGCCUCGAAUUUUUCAAUUGCAGAAGGCAAUUUCUUCUCACUCGCAACAGAAUCUCUCUUUCCUCAUGGGACUGAAUGACAGUUUUGCUCAGAUUCGAGGGCAAAUACUUCUUAUUGAUCCAUUGCCGUCGAUCAAUAAGGUGAUUUCUUUGAUCGUCCAGGAGGAACGGCAGCGUGCCAUUUCCGUAAAUCCUGUUCAAGUUGAAACUGCUGCCUUGAUGACGAAGACUUCUUUACAGUACCAGAAUCAGCCAAAUCGAUCUGGAUACACUUUCACUAAGAACAAGCAGAGUUCUUCUUCAGCAAAUCAAGUUCAAGAAGCUGAUCAGUCCUUUCAAGUCCCUCAGUUGUCCAUAUCUCAGGAGCAAAUUCAACAGUUGCUAGCUCUAAUCAAACCUUCAACUUCAUCUACUGAAGCUUCACCUUCCGCACAUCAAGUCGUCAACUCUUAG